AUGGAUCCUUCUCAGGAGCAGGGCGAGUUGAUUCGAAAGAUCGACGACGUGGCCACAGCUGUGACGGGGGGAUUCGCCGAGGUGGAAGGGGGGAUCAGCAACCUGAAGGGCGAGAUGAAGGGAGGGUUCGACGACACCAACACCGAGUUGCGUGGCGUGAAAAAGGAAGUGAAGGACGGGUUCAGCAUGAUAUCGGGAAGGCUGGAUAAGGUGCUGGAGAGCACCCAGGAAAGCCUCAUGCGCAUCAGGCACUUGCAGGCCCCGAACUACCGUUACCCUCGCCUCGUGGUCGUCAAGGAGGUUGGAUCUGAUGGCACUGCAUCGAAGGCUCAUGGGAAGAAGAGUUUGCUGAGCAAGCUGCGUCGCUUAGGGAAGAAAGAUAUGACACUUCACUUCUUGUGCCCGGUCGACAUGACAAAGGUACCGUGCGGCUAUGGUGGUGAAGGCUAUCGAUUUCAGGAGACGCGUGGCUGGGUAAAGAAAAUAUCGCCUGUCCUUCAGGUGGCCGUGGUGACCGCGAAGGUGGCGCUCAACGCAACGACAGGGCUGGACGUGGACAUCUCGAAUUUCCUGAAGGACGUGAAAGAUGGGUUGGUCAAUGAGCUAGUCGACCGGACUCUCGACGAGGCGCUGCUCCGUGCUGUUUCGGGUGACGACGACAUCGGGGCAGAGUUGCAAAGGGAUACGAGGGCCUCGUAUGAAGCGCUGAAGAAGUUCAUGGACAAGGAGCAAGUUGACAGGGUUAAGAACGCCCGGGAUGGUGAUGGCUACAUCGACUUCAGGGACGAGAUGAAGCGUGUCACCGACGGGAGGGGCGGGAUGGUGUGGGUUCGGAACGACAAUGUUCAAAAGUGGUUGGACUCGCAUUCGAUUGCUGCUCCAACUCGCUAGCCGUCGGUCUUGUUUGGUGCAGCGUAUGCACCUGAAACCACCCUCACCGGAUUCUAUCCCUUUGGCGGACGUUGUUGUACCCAAGGGGUCCAGACUACCGUUGGGUAUUACCUUGAAGGGAUAUUUCGACUUGGGAGAACGAGCGUAUCUCGUUCUGUGGUUUGUCGUUGUCGGUGCCUGUCCGUCAAGUUCACCCGAAACACCAGGGCUUGGUAGAGGGUGGUUGACCAGUAUCCCGAGAAUCCACGCAUUCCGGUAGCUUAUGUACUAGGGCGGGAGCUUUUCGCACAAAGGGGGGAGUUCUUGCAGGCUAUGGUGGGCACCACGCGAUGUAUUACGAGAACGUUUUUCUUCCACAAGUGGUGGUGGUGCAAGCAGGAACGCUACUUGAAGGGUUUCACUGUAAGAGUAACAAUCGGUAGAGCCAAGGGGGGGCACCUGCCUGCUACACCGCGUAUCUGUCCAUAAAGAGGGACAGUCGAGCUCAAUGGUUGGAGGCCUUGAACGUGUCAUUUUCGACAUGCUGACCGGACGCCGCUACCUACAACCAAUCACUGUGCAAAUCACGAAAUUUUCUACCCUACACCGUGGUCACAGAGACUUACUGUAGGUGCUAGAAUACGAAGUGUAAGGGGUGACCUCCUGUCGCAAUGGAGCGGCGGUGGUUGAUGCCGGGAAGUCGUUUUGUUGCCCUGUGUGGAAUGUUGUUUCCGUCUGUUUUUUUGUCCGCUUUCGUGUGUCACACAGAACAUGGUGUUCGUUUGUUUUGUUGAUUUGUUGUGCCCCCUUCCCAGAACAGGGAACAGGGAAGUCAGCAUUAUUUCCUGACUGUCCAACCACAAUAUCGUUCCUGGAAACAAUAUCGGCCUCCCAGGUUCCUUCUUAUUGGUGAUUACGCCGCACCAUGUCUUUGAUGAACAGCAAGGGUGGACGGAAUAGGUUAUCCCGCACACUUACCUGAAUGAAGUAGAGCGCAGGGCCCACUUUGAGAAUAUUUGAUGU